UUCGUUUGGACCUUGAAGAGAGCAGUCGCAAAAUUGAAGAACCCCAAAAAAAGUUCCAGCCUUUUAGAAGAACAUCCAGCAAGUUUUAAACAAGACCAUUCAAAAUGUGUGAUCCAUGCUGUAGCCCCUGUGGCCCUUGUGGUCCGGUCUGUGGUCCGUGUGGCCCUUGUGGACCGGCCUGCGGUCCGUGUGGCCCUUGCGGUCCUUGUAACUACUCGGCCGGUCAGCUAGCCUGCAUGCCUCAGUGCCCAACGGGUGGCCCAGCGCCGACCUGUGGACCCCGCUUCGUGACCGUCCAGCAGCCGCCCCGGCUCGUGGCCCAGAAGAAGGUCAUCAACUGCAGCCGUACCGUCAUCGACAAGCACGUCCUGCCGCAAACCAAGGCCAUCGUGGAACCCAAGUUGAUCUACCAACCGAAGACCAUCAUCGAACCGUGCGUGAUCUUCAAGCGACGGAUCGUUCCGGAACCCAAGGUCAUCUACUACAGUCGGGUCGUGCCUGAUCCCAAGGUCGUCUGCUCGCAGCGUGUCAUCGUGGAACCGAAGGAGUACUGCACCACGAUGGUGUGCCAACCCAAGCCCCAGAUCGUGCCCGUUCCGCCAGCCAAGGAAUACUGCUGCAUGUCCUCUGGGACGACAUUCUUCAACAACCCGUGUUGUCCACCUACGCCCGGUCCCAUUUGUCCCCCAAAAGCGUGCUGACCCCAAGCAACAUUGACAAGCUAGAAGGCCUGUAAGU